CAGCUCUAUGCGCUCCAGGAUCAGCGCCAACAAGCAGCGAGGCUCCUGCGCUCACAAGGGAAUAAACCUGUGCGUCCUGCUGCUGCGCACUGAGGGAACUCACGAGCCCAGCGACCGGAUACCCACUGGGAGAUAGCAGGUUGUGUCUAGGCCUUUGAGGAGCGGGCGUUCACCCAGAAUCCCCCGUCUGUUCUGCAGCCCGACAGUCCAACCCACACAGCCCAAGUUGUCAGAAUGAUCACCGCCACCACCUCCUGGCUUCCUGUGCUCUCCAUCUUGCUGAUGUGCAUAUGGGACUCGGCUUCCCUCCACCUGCCUGACUCCAAGGAGCUCAGGCAGCUUCUGAGCCACUACGAGGAGGAUGCAGACUGGAAUGGAACCAGCAGCACGGCCGGCGGUAGGACCCGACGAGCCGUCCGCUGGUCAGACCGCGAGGAGAUCAUCCAGCUGCACAACAAGCUGAGGGGGGGCGUCUACCCCACGGCCUCAAACAUGGAGUACAUGGUCUGGGACGAUGAGUUGGAGCGGUCUGCCACUCACUGGGCGGAGGAGUGUCAGUGGGACCACGGCCCUCAGGACCUGCUCAUGACUAUUGGACAAAACCUGGGUGUUCACUGGGGCAGACACCGCUCUCCUGCCUACCACGUCCAGGCCUGGUACGAUGAGGUGAAAGACUACACUUAUCCCUACCCCCACGAGUGCAAUCCCUGGUGUCCAGAACGCUGCUCCGGGCCCAUGUGCACCCAUUACACACAGCUGGUCUGGGCAACCACCAGCCGAGUGGGCUGUGCCGUGCACAUGUGUCCAAGGAUGAACGUGUGGGGGGAAGUAUGGGAGAACGCCAUCUACCUUGUGUGCAACUAUUCCCCAAAGGGUAACUGGAUUGGAGAGGCCCCAUACCAGCAUGGCCGCCCCUGUUCCCAGUGCCCUCCCAGCUACGGAGGAGGAUGCAGGAAUAACCUGUGUUACAAAGACACUCAGCGCUCAGAGACAGAGGACAUGAACGAGGUGGAGAAGCCUCAGGUUCCCCUGCCGCCUCGCACCACCACCACCAAACCUGCCCCCAGACCCAAACCCUCCACUCCCAAGAAACCAGCGACCAAACCCUCCACUCCAAAACCCACCCCACCAAAGGCACCAUCUUCUAAGACCCCAAACCCUAACCUAGCUCAAAACAUUAAGUGUGAGACCAGACUGCGAGAUAAGUGCAGAGGAGCGACCUGCAACAGAUAUAAUUGUCCGGCCAACUGCAUGAAUAAGAAAGGGAAAGUCUGGGGAACUCUCUUCUACGAUGUGCAAUCGAGUAUUUGCCGAGCUGCUAUUCAUUUCGGAGUGAUCGACAACAACGGAGGACUGGUCGACAUCACGAGAAUGGACAAGCUACCGUUUUUUGUGAGAGCCACAAAGAAUGGCAUCGAGUCUCUCAGUAAAUAUAAACCCAGCAACGCCUUUGUGAUAGCCAAGGUGGAGGAAAUGACUGUGGACUGCUACACCACGGUGGCUGAAAUCUGUCCCUUCAAAAAGCCCUACUCCCACUGCCCGAGAGUUUUCUGCCCGACCAACUGCAAGAGUCAGCCAUCUUACUGGUCACCGGUUAUUGGGAACAACAUCUACACAGAUAGCUCCAGUAUUUGCAAAGCAGCCAUCCACGCAGGGGCGACGGGCGCAGACGGAGGUUUAGUGGACGUUCUGCCACUGGACAAGAGAAAGAGCUACGUCGGAGUCCUGAAAAAUGGCAUCCAGUCCGAAAGCAAGAGCAACACAGAGGGCGGCUCGUGCCGACUCUUUGCGGUGAGGGAGUGAGACGUGGGCCCAGACGUCCAAACACCAACAGUCACCUCGGCUGCUCUCAAAGAGCAGGAAGUGCCCACAGGUUGGAAACCAUGGCUGUUUGUCUUUCUCCUCCAUGUGCCUUCACUGGAAACAGAUCGAUUGACACUUCUCCCUCUCAGUUCUCUAACAGUAGCCCCCCCAGUAAAAGUAAUGGAUAAUUUUUUUUGUCAACUUUUAACUCCAUAACGAUUUUUCUUAGACAUACUAAAUGUGUGAAUACAGACGUUUUUUUAUAUAUAUAAUGAUGCAUUGAACAGCUGGUGCUGAAAGUUUAUAAGUUAGACAUGUUUUACAGAAAGUACUAUGUUUACAUUGAUGUUCUUAUACAAAUAUAUGUCGGUUUUCAUACACAGGAAUGUAUAUUGAUCACACUGUAUUUAAUCAAUGUGUACAGACUAUAUGAUAUUUUGUUUGUUUUAAAAAUGGAGUACCAUAUAUUAACAUAUUCAUGUUCUAUUGUUUUUCUUUGAAUUGAAUGGCCUUUGUCUUUGCUUUCCUGCUCCUGGGAAUGUAGACUGUGAAACCAAAUCUCAGUCUAAAUGGUGUGUGUUAAGAGAUGUGCUCGUUGUGAGCAUGGAGGUUUUGUUGGAGAGGAAACAGAGUCGUAAAUGAAAGUGUACAGAGGCAGCAGGCACUGCAGCAGGGAAACAAGGUUUUCCUACAGGAGGCAAGUGUCACAUCAGUGGGAUUAAGUCAAAGUGUUACAUUGUUGUGUAUAUUUUACAGAUCAGUUACUGCUAACGUUUUGAUUGGUUUAAGUGGUAGUUGGUUGAGGAGGGAAUGGUGGCAAUAGUGGCAGAUAUGUUUAUAAUAAUGAGCAGUAAUGUGUAAUAUACCAGUUUAUAUUUAUUGUUGCUUUGUGCUUUCCUUGUUUCGGUUUUUCUCUUGCUUCUCUAAGACAUUUACACUUGGCAUUCAAACGCAUCUCCUAUCCAGUUUGUAUCUAGAUACGAUCACAUUAACCAAGACAACACUUAGAAAAACUUUUAUUUAAAUGGAAAUGUUGUUCAUUUAACACCCUGUUACAUUUUAGUAUGGCAGCUCAAACACGCCCACCAAAACCAGUGAGAAUGUAACAUUUGUCUCUGUUUCAAGGAAAGAUGUUCAUUCUGGAAACCGUAGCAAAACAGCACACAGUCAUUUUGAGAUGGAAAAUACCCCUGGUAUUAAUAUGUGUUUUAAUUGAGAUUCGAUUGAGGACUGUUUGCUCUGUCCAGCUCGUGUCACUUCCUCUGGUUUGAUGCAUUUACACUUUUUACUUGUUCUCAAGCAGAUUGCAAUCUAAUCACCCAAAACACAUUUUAAUCCAGGUAUAAAUGAGGUAUAGAUAUAUGAACAUUUUUAAUUUCUCCUCCCCACCAGACAUAUGAAUGUUUCACAUGUUUCACGUACAGAGAGUUCAUGACCAAGCCAUGAUUGGAGGUAUCCUUAUCAAACUGUAGUUUAUGCUCUUUGGUAAAUCCUUGAUUUUGAUACUACUUUUAAACUAAUCAAAUACAUUUAAAGAGCAAUUUAGGCUGCUUGGUCUGUGUUCCAGUUCAAAUCACACCAGACUCAUAAUAGCACAAUUAUAAACCUUGUUAUUCUACUAAUUGAGGAUUCAAAAGUUAAAGGAGGAAAUUACAUUUAACUUGUAGAUCUUUUUCUUCCAGCAUAUUUAAACGUUAUCUCUUUAUUCUACCUCAGUCCUAUUGCUGCGCUCAAUAUGUACGUCUUUUCUAUAUGGGGAAUGUCGUUUUAUGGGAACUGUAAAUACUAUGAUAUUUGUAUUGUGAUUCAUCCACUAAACAGUAAGAUUAUAAUUAAAAUGUGUGAAUUUAUGUCAUUUGUCUUGGUAGUAUGGUUUUUAUACAGGUGUGGGAUGGGGUUUUAUAAUUUUGGCACAAUUUAAAAAUAAAGUUUGCUUACA